CUGAACCCUAUCAAAUUUUAUCAAAUUUUGCAUCACUAAAUCAGUGUGCAAAACUGUCACAUGCCGUGUACAUGUUACCGGUUGUUGCUGCGUCUCUAAGUUUUUAUCUUAUCUCUAAAGUACAGACAAAAGACUUUUUGAAUUCUGGGUGUUUUUUGCAUUGAUUUUUACACCCUAGAUUAAAAAGAAAUGACAAAUUGUUUGAUUUGUGGUGCUAAAAACACACGUGGCAAUCAUUUUGGAGUUCGGUGUUGCAGAGCAUGUGCGGUUUUUUUCAGAAGAAGAGCCGGAACCAAGUAUUUACGGCUGAAAUGCUCCUCCGAAAAUUGUGGUAAUCGUUUCUGUAAGCCGUGUCGGCUGAAACGGUGCUUUGCUGCAGGAAUGACAAUUGAACAUUUCCAGCACAAUAGAGACCUUAUCAAAUCCACGAUAGUUCCAAAAAUCCCUCGUUCAUUUGCAAAUGUUGUGGGCCGCCCGAGUUUUGUGAUCUUCUGUGUUCCCCAGGAAUCUUAUCGGAAAACUUUUGUGGAUCUCAAUGUCUUGAUAGAAAAAGCUGGAGAAAUAUUUGAAAAAGGUCCGGAAAAUCCGUAUAUUGGCUCGACGCAGCUCAAAAAGUUGGCGGCAGCUUCGAAUUUCACGAUGGACUGGAAUCGACGAUCGUUUGAGCCGUUGAGUCACGGAGAAAUGUCGUAUUUCUGGGAGUUUUAUUUCUUGAGAACCGCGAAAUGGUUGACGUACUUUGAAGAAUUUAAAAAGAUUCCAAGAGAUCUAAUGAUCAAGCUACUUCUAUCAUUUUGGCACGUUUUUUCAAGACUUGACAAGUUGAUCACAACGGCAAGAGCUCGUAAAUUGAAAGUUUGCUCACAGCAGACAUGGGCGAUGAGCAAUGGAUUUAUUCUAGAUUUUGACAAAACCAAAGUCGAUUUUUGGAAACUUAGCAAUUACCCUGCAAAAGAUCUAUUUUAUUUCCUAAACUCAAUGGCUGCGUUGGACCUACAACCACAAGUACAGGAGCUACAAGAGCUUGAAGUAUCAGAUGUGGAAUUCAACUUUAUGCUGGCACAACUCACUUUUUCGUAUGCAGGAAAACGGCUUCAAGGAGAUAUUUUGAAGAUUUGUGAAAAAUUUCAAGAAGUCUUGUCAAAUGAUUUGCAUGAGCAUUAUGUGAAGGAACUUGGAAUGCAAAGGUAUUCGGGAAGAUUGAGCAAAAUUAUGAAAAUUAAUAAUGCUAUUCAGAAUGACAUUUGGAGUAACCGCCCACGCGGAGAGCUGGCCGCCGUUUUCAACAUUUUUAAUGUAAAAUUCUCACAUCCUGAAAUGUUUAUUGACACUGGAUUUUUGUAAAUAUAAUUUUUUGGCGUAAUUUUAAAUAGGUAAAUGUUAAUUUUACGAGCUAGUAGUUGCUAUAUGGUUCCUCUUACGAAAAUGAAAUAACCCUACUAGUUCUCUUCUAUAGCUUUUUACUAUAAAAAUCGUUGGAAGUGGAUCAA